UUCGAUGGGGCGUGCACAGAAAUAGCGUUUGUGUGGGGCGCUUUUAGAAAGAGCGUCUGAAUAUAUACUUCUUUUAUCCUCUUCUCCUCCUCUUUUUACAUAACCUACGUUUUUACAGAAGAAAAAAAAACGACGAAACCUAAGUAAAAAUCUAGGGCAAUACCUAAAUCUCAUGUGACGGCCAUUUGAUUGGGUGCGGAGAAACGAGUUCUUGUGAAAGAAACGACUAAUCUUAUUCGUUAAUCGGGUGCGGGCAAAUUUGAUUGAAGAUUAAAGAUGUUGAGCAGAAUAACGUCGAGAUUUGCACAAGGAAAAAAGAUGAAUAAUAAGAAACGCAAAGGUAAAGGUCCAAUGGAGCCUGAAAUAGACCCUAAUGUUGGAGAUUUGGAAGUUCCAGAUACCGGGUUCGAUGAAGAUAGCGAAGAUGAAACAACACCGUCCGUGGUAUCCCUAGAUAACUACAAUUGCCUGGAAGAUAGUGACAAACACGCUUCUACAGAUAUUACAUAUUCAAGCGAUCCAAAAUUCAGGUACCAACAUCGUGGUUCACUCUUUUCGGUCAUUGUUUAUUAUAAGGAGAUAACAAAACAUAGUCCAAAAAUUAAAUACAUUAUCGACAAGGCAGGAUGGGGACGUUUAUUAGCCAUGGAAAUAGGAGAAGCAUCACACCCAGUGAUUGAUUAUCUUGUUGAACGUUGGUGGGAUACAACGCAUACUUUUCACUUCCCUUUUGGUGAAAUGGGAUUCACGCCGCUUGAUUGGGUAGUGUUGACAGGAUUGAGUAUUGGAAUUGGGGAUGAUGUUCCGUAUAACCCAGUCAAGUACAAAUUUGAUUAUGUCCGUGAGCAUGUUUUUCCAGAAAUAGAAGAACCCUUAGAUUAUGAAGAUCCCCCAAUCUCUGGAAAAAAACGCCCCCCGGCACAGUGGAUUUCAGAUGCAAUCACAAUUAAAUUUUUGACUACGUAUUUCAAAGAAGAUAUCUUGGUUGCAGCUAAUUUGGAUGACAAACUUGCAGAAAAAGUGGCGAGGAACUACAUUGAUGCGGCUUGGUUAGCUGCUUUUGAGGAUCUAAAUGCAGUUGAUAUGUAUGACUGGGGUGGUCCUGCUUUUGCAAAAUUGUAUGUGGCACUCAACGCAUCUGGUAGGGGACAGAAGUCAUUAACUGGGCCGUUCCAAAUAUUAGAGUUUUGGGGAUAUGAAUAUCUGGGCAUAUGUAGACCGUGCGACCCAACUAGUGAAGAAAAAUGGCCAAGAACUUCCCGGUGGAAAGCGAAGAAAAAGACUAUCGAUAUUGUUCACUGUAGGAAUGCGCUUAAUCAGUUGACUGCAGACAUCGUGACAUGGAGACCGUGGGAAUCCGCCAUUGGUGUUCUUGACUCUGAUGUUGGUCGCAGGGCUGUGGAGCUUUCAAACAAAAGGGUUAUAUUUACUUGGAUUGGCAAGAAUAUGUGGUACCUAGGAGAACGAUCUUGGAGGCAAAAUCAUCCUACUUUUGGAAUUCCUAGAAAUCCACCAUUUAAAAUUGGCGAGGUCAGUCAUGAGAAAGCAAAACUUGUGAAAGAAGCUGGAUGGGUAGAUGCAAAUAUGUUUGUGAAAGCUGUUUCAUAUAAUAUGUAUCUGCGAUAUUGGCGACAUGUAACUAACUUCCAUCAAUUCGUGACCAAAGUCGAUUGGGUAGUUGAAUUACACGGGGUUGAUGGUGACCGUGUUAAACACCUUAUUCAACGACCUGCUCAGCAUGUACCUAUUCCACCACCACAACAAUUAUCAUACCCUGAAGCUUAUAAUCUAGUUCAAGAACAUGCCGAUUUUAAUCGUGCGUUUCGCGAGUUUGUAUUAUAUGAAACGGAAGACAGGAUGAUACGUUUAAAGGCAAAAGAUGAAGUAAUACGAGGCCUUGCAGCUCGUAACAAUUACCUGGAGGAUCAGAUGCAAUUCCGUAUGCAACAAACGCCGCGUCCCCCUAUUGGAUUCGGCAGUUUUCUGAAACUAUCCCACCAGCGGUGUGGGCUCCACUUUUACUCAUCAGAUGAAGAUGCGGUUGCAUUGAGCCGAAAUAAUCUAGCAGUUAGUUUGGGAACUGCCAUUACAAGUAUGACAUGGUCUCAUACUCGUAUAAAAAUACCAAGAAAUCGUGAAGCCGGAGAUAUACUUCUCUGGAAUGACUACUUUUCUGACAACCCCACCUACCCAGCUAACAUAUUUCGUAGGAGAUUCAGAAUGCGGCGAGAAUUGUUCAACCGAAUAUUGGCAGAUGUGGUGUCUAGAAAUCCUUAUUUUGCUCAAAAAAGAGAUGCUGAUGAGUGCCAAAUAUUAGAGCCACCAGAUGCUUGUGGCAUUCUUGGAUUAUCCCCUCAUCAGAAAGUAACUGCAGCAAUCCGAAUGUUAGCUUAUGGAUGUGCAGCAGAUGCAAUAGAUGAGUAUUUACGCAUUGGAGAAACCACCGUUUUAGAAGCAACCCGUCGGUUUUGCAAGACGAUUGUGAUUGCUACUAUUGUGAUGGCCAUUAAACAACCAGAUACACCGAAAAAAUAUAAAUUUUCAUCGAUGCAAGAGGGAGCACGGAAAGAUGUAGAGCGUGGAUUUGGUGUACUGCAACAACAAUUUGCCAUUGUCAAACAACCUGCACGAAUGUGGAACCCGGAUGUGCUUGCCUAUAUAAUGAAAACGGUUAUUAUUUUACAUAAUAUGAUAGUGGAGGAUGAGCGUCUUCCCGGUGAUUGGCCACAUGAAUAUGACUCACGUAGCAGGUCGGCACCGGUGAAUAUAUCGAGGGUAGGUACUGAGGAACUUUCCAGAAUGAGAGCUGCACAUCGGCGUCAUGCUAUACACAAUAAAGAAACACAUUUUCGCUUGCGUCAAGAUUUAAUCGAACACAUAUGGUCAAAUUUUGGAGAUAAUUAUUAA